GGUCAAUCAGAGCAAACACUUUUAAGCUUGUGUAAUUAGAAACGUGAAAAUUAACAUAAUGGCUGCCACUACUACAGUUGAGCAGCAAUGGGACAAGGCAGCUCUGCUUUCCGACACAGUUGGUAAGAAAGAGAUUGUUCAGUUCCUGCAAGAAAAUGCUGCACCGAGGUUUCUUGCUGAAGAAAAACUUCAGGGUAGUUUAAAAAAUGUCGUGAAAACUUCUAAGAAAGAUCAUCUUGCUGAAGCUUAUCUGAAGUUGUUUGAAAACAAAGCAUUCAAAGGCUCGGAGUACGAUACAGUAGUGGAAGUUACCGCUAAAGUUGGUGCGAUGCAAGUCAAACAAACAAAAAAGAAGGAAGAAGAAGAUGUUGGACCUCCAAAGUUUAAGAAAACUGUUAUAAAAAAAGGAGAUAAAGUUAAUUUUCCGAAACGUGGUGAUAAAGUAAGCUGUUACUAUGUUGGUAAGCUUGAAAAUGGAACUGUAUUUGAUAGUCUGCAACCUGGAUCAAAGAAAAAGAAAAACAUGCCGUUGGUAUUUAAAGUUGGGAAAGAGAAUGUGAUUAAAGGUUGGGAUGAAGCUUUGCUUACUAUGAGCGUUGGUGAGAAGGCGGAGAUUACCAUUGAGCCUGAGUGGGCUUAUGGUAAAGCUGGUAAACCCGAGGCAAAAAUUCCACCUAAUUCUACUUUAAUUUUUGAGGUUGAUCUUUAUAGAAUUGAUUAAAUUCUCUCAAAAGAUGACUCUACGCAAAGACUUGUACUAAACAUAAAAAUUCUGUUGUUGUCUAAGCAUCAUAUAACUUCUAAUUUCAACAAAAACCGAACUAAGGUUUAUUUUCAGCAUAAAGCUUUGAAGCUGUUGUACUAUAAAAUGGGUUCAUAGAGAUAUUAUACCUUUAUGUUCUAUGCAACUGUUUUAGAACUAUUAAGUGAAACAAGUUAAAUUUAUGGGUUGUUCCUUAUGGUUUUUGCUCACUUUUUUUUCUUUUUUUUAUCUGUGCCUAUAUUCAGUCUUUUGUUUGAAUGUUAAAAUCAGCAUUAACUUAACAACAUAUGUUUAAUGUUGCAACGAUUUUGUGUGGUUGAGAUGUGUUGCUUUAUAUAAUGGUUCGUAGUAUUUUUUUGCAGCCACUGUUUUUGUGAACAAGCUUUUUUAAAACUAACUUGAGUAACUUUGAUUUUGUGUGGCCACAUUUUGUGUGGCAGACUUUUUUUAAGAACAAGUUGUUUUCAAUCUUAAAUAACUUCACUUCCAUUUUAUACUGCCAGAUAAGUUAAAAUGUUU